UUGUCACCGGCACCGCCUCUGAUUUUGUACAAGGUGGUGCGCGAGUCAUUGGGUACAGGGAAAAGGGGAUGGCAAUGAUAUUGUGUCUGUCUAUUAAAACUUAUUACUAGAUGGGAUUGGGAAAUUAAAAGAACUCGAAUUCAGAACAUUUAACAUUUUAAGAUUUUUUUACUUGAAGGCACCAUGAAGCACCUCUAUGUUCUUUCUGUGAUAUUCUUGCUCUCCUGGGGUAUGUCUUCUGCAAAAUUUGAUGAGUUUGAUGGUGAGGAAGCUAUGGAGUAUGAUGACAAUGACUUUGCAGAGUUUGAGGACAUGAGUGAAGACAGCCCAACGGAAGCACCCCAGAGAGUUAUCACUACUGAGGAUGAUGAAGAAGAAGCCACUGUAGAGCUUGAAGGGCAGGAUGAAAAUCAAGACGACUUUGAAGAUUCUGAAACACAGGAUGGUGAUGUAGAAAAUGAACCCUACGACGAUGAAGAGUUUGAAGGUUAUGAGAAUCAAGACACUGGUCGGGGAGGAAGUAAAGGCCCCUUCACAAUUGUUAAUGUUCCUGAGCAUUUGCAGAAUAGCUGGGAGAGUUACUACAUGGAGAUCUUGAUGGUGACUGGUCUCCUCGCUUACAUAAUGAAUUACAUUAUUGGAAAAAAUAAGAACAACCGCCUAGCACAAGCAUGGUUCAAUUCCCACAAAGAACUGCUGGAGAGCAAUUUUGCACUUGUUGGGGAUGAUGGUACAAGUAAAGAACCCUUGAGCACAGGAAAGCUUAACCAAGAGAACGAACACAUUUACAACCUGUGGUGCUCAGGAAGAGUGUGUUGUGAAGGCAUGCUCAUUCAGCUAAAGUUUUUGAAGCGACAAGACCUGCUGAAUGUAUUAGCCCGGAUGAUGAGACCUGUUAAUGAUCAAGUGCAAAUAAAAGUCACUCUGAAUGAUGAAGAUAUGGACACCUAUGUAUUUGCAGUCGGAACAAAAAAGGCUUUGUUGCGGCUACAGAAAGAAAUGCAGGACUUGAGUGAGUUUUGUAGUGAUAAACCUAAGUCGGGAAUAAAAUAUGGGCUUCCUGAGUCACUGGCUAUCCUGACUGAGAUGGGAGAAGUUACUGAAGGAAUGAUGGACGCUAAGAUGGUGCAUUACCUUGUACACCAUGGAGACAAAAUCGAGUCCAUCCAUUUUUCGGACCAGUUUUCCGGUCCAAAAAUUAUGCAAGAGGAGGGACAGCCUCUAAAGCUGCCUGAAACUAAGAAAACAUUACUGUUUACAUUUAAUGUGCCUGGUCAUGGUAACACUUCUCCAAGGGAUAUGGAAGCUUUACUGCCGCUAAUGAACAUGGUCAUUUACUGCAUUGACAAGGCUAAAAAAUUUCGCCUUAAUAGAGAAGGUAAGCAGAAAGCUGAUAAAAAUCGAGCCCGGGUUGAAGAGAACUUCCUGAAGCAGACACAUGUUCAAAGGCAGGAAGCUGCACAGUCUCGUCGAGAGGAAAAGAAACGGGCCGAAAAGGAGAGGAUCAUGAAUGAAGAAGAUCCUGAAAAACAACGGAGACUUGAGGAGGCAGCUUUGCGUCGAGAGCAGAAGAAGAUGGAAAAGAAGCAGAUGAAAAUGAAGCAGAUCAAAGUGAAAGCCAUGUAGAAGUCUGCAAGAGCAGCUAGAGAUAAUGAAAUAAAGUUAUGUCCUGUCCAGUUUUUAUUCACACAGAAUUUUAAUACUAAGGCAAAGCGUAUAUGAAGUGGUCCUCAAACGUUUACUUUUUAACCAAGAACACUAAUGGUUAUAUUCUGCCUUUCACAUUUUGAGGAAGUGCUGUUCUUAUUUUUAUCCUACAGCACAUGCAGAAAGCUGCAGUGUAAACAUUUUACUGGUAUGUGUAAUGUAAAUUCAUUUUUUGCCAAAUUUUGCAGCCUUACUAUCUCAGGAAGGACAGUAUCCAAUAUCUACAGCUGUUCUUUGUUCUUAUUGUGUUACAUUUUUAGGACAGUUAAUUCCCCCCACUUUUGGAGUUGCACACACUUUAAUAAUCCAUUAUACUUUGCCACCUACUGUAUUUCUUAUUUGACUGCAUUGGAAAUGCUUGUAUCAGGAAAGUAACCUCGUACUUAAAGGCAUUAAAGGAAGAAGGUGCCCCAGAAUUUCACAGAGGUACUUUGUAUUAAGUGUGUUCAGAAGAAAAGUCUUAUUCGUAGCAUUACAGGUGAAUUCUCAGCAUUGAUUUAAGAAUGCCAUUUACCAGUUUGUACACUUUGUUGCUAUAUAGUCAGUUUUAUUUCCUAUAUGAUACAUGAUGUAUUUGCAAUGGACUGAGUAUUUUUUUUCUUGGACCAGACCUCAUAUGCUGUUAUCAGCUUAGCACACAGAGAGUCAGUUCCAAACUAAUGAUUUAUUCCGCAUCAUCUGUGAUCUGAAUGUUGAUUUGCACUGCCUGUUUAAAAAGCUCUGAUAAUCGAGUGAACAUAUUGAGCCCAUACCCCUUUUAAGGUUACCCCUUGUGUCUUAUCUUAAUGCAGUUCUUUACUUUCCAUUUUAUAUUGUUUCUGGUUUGAAGUAGUGACACCAGCACUACUGCUGAUAUGCUGUUAGAGGAUCGCAUCAGUAUUCACAGCUUUUUUUGCACACUUAGUCACAUGUCCUUUUUCUGAUAUGUUAGUCCACUGUUGCAGUCUGUAGAAAGAUGUUGAGUCCUUGCCUGUGACCAGUAAGUGCACCCACCUUGGCUACAACUAUGUCAUACAUACCAUGUGAAUGGUACUAUCUUAAACCUGGAAUGUGCUAUUUUAAAAGAACUAUUAAGUCUUCAGUUGUAAAUUUGUUUCAAAUAUUGGAAAAGGAUGGUGCACAAAAUUUGAAAUAAAAAUCAAAAUAAAUGGUGCAGUCAGUAUUUUCCCAA